AUGGCCUCCGGACCCAAGUCUCUGCUAGGGCACGUCUGCGUGGUGACCGGCGCUUCGCGGGGCAUCGGGAAAGGCAUCGCGCUGCAGCUCUCGGAGGCGGGCGCCACCGUCUACAUCACCGCCCGGCACCGGGAAACCCUGGAGCGAGCGGCGGCGGAGGUGCAAGGCCGGGGGGGCAAGUGCGUGCCGGUGGUGUGCGACUCUACCCGAGAGGAGGAGGUGGCGGCGCUGUUCGAGCGGGUCCGGCAGGAGCAUGCUGGCCGCCUGGACGUCUUGGUCAACAGCGCUUUCUCCGCGGUGACCACCCUCUCCAAAGAGAUCGGCGUGCCGUUCUGGGAAAGCGAGGCCUCCCUCUGGGACCAGAUCAACAACGCAGGCCUGAGAGGCAACUAUUUCUGCACGGUUUAUGCCGCCCGGCUCAUGGUGCCCGCCGGGCGCGGGCUCAUUGUCAUCCUCUCCUCGCCCGGUGGGCUGCGGUACAUGUUCGACGUCCCGUACGGGGUGGGCAAAGCGGCCUGCGACCGCCUGGCGGCUGACUGCGGCGUCGAGUUGCGCCCCUUCGGCGUGGCCUGCGUGUCCCUUUGGCCCGGGCUCGUUCGCACCGAACUGCUCCUGCAGCAAGCGGAGAAUGUCGAGCAAGUAUUCAAGGACCUGCCGGAGCGGCUGACCAAGGCAGAGAGUCCCGAAGUGAGCGGGAAAUGCGUGGUGGCCUUGGCCUCGGAUCCCCAGGUCAUGCGGCACAGCGGCAAGGUGCUCCUCAGCCCAGACCUUGCCCGUCUCUACGGGUUUAAGGACGUGGAUGGGCGAGACGUCUAUAAUUAUAUUUCGAUUCGGGACACCCUUACCGAAUUAAUGCCCAAGCUGUCUUUCCUUUUCUGGUUCAUUCCCCGCUUUAUCACUUUCCCUAAGUGGGCCCUUGCUCUUUAUUCCAGCAAGUUUGCGAUCUACCCUCCCAUUCAGCCGGCCGAUUUUAAACCAGCUAAAAAGGACUAAUCGUCUGGCGUACCCCUUUAGGAGCAUGUUCUGCAACUACGUCAAGCUUUCUUUUGUGAAAAAAAUUAUUGCUUUGGUUUGUUGGUUUGUUUCGUCGCUUGAAAAUUGGGAAGAGUGAGUUCUUGCAGGGAGUUUACCCCUCUAAAAACUCUUUUGAGGAAUUGCUUCAGAAUUUCCCUCUGAAAAAAAAAGCUUCAUGACACCAUUUCUUACUCUACGCUACAAUCUGCUUUUGUGUUUUUGACACAGCAUUAGCUGCUAAGUUACUUAAUAUUUCUGUACUAUCUAAAAUGCAAGCUUUGAGGUUUAUCAAAGAAUCAUUCACAUAUUUGAAAGUGAUGGAGCUACUUACAACUAAGAAGUCAAGACACUGGAAAAAUUGCCUUUUUGUUUUGCUUUCACCUAUGGUGAGGCCAUUUAUAUACUCUGCCAUAACCUGUUUGUAUCACAGUCUUCUAUAUUUUGUUUCCAUAAAAGCAAUUGUCAAUUUGGCAUGUAUGUGAUAUUCUGAAGAUAACGUAAAACAAAAAUCUAAACUUUGAAAGAAAAGGGUUCCUCUCUUCCAUUCAGUUUUAUUGGGGAAGAAAUCCUUUUAUCUGUAUUUUUUUCCAGCCUUCAAGAGAUUCCAGAAUUCUGUUCAUUCCAAAGUCAAAUAUUAGCAGAAUUAGUCCUGAUGAAAGAAAACCCUACAGAGACAGUAGUAUAUUAAGUCAUACUGGACACCCAAAUCAGCAAAUGUAAUCAGAGCCAUAUCAGAGUGGGCAUAGAACAAGCUAUAAAACAUGACAGCUCUCCAGAAAGAAAAUUUGCUAAAAAACAUUAUGAAACAGAUAAGCGGGUGUAAAACAAAGUCCUGAAUAAGGAGCACAGGCUGAGUGUGUGUGGGUGGGUGAGUAGAAUAAGAAACACUUCACCUUUGUUCAGUUUGCUAUCUCUGUAUAAUUCUCAAAGAAGCAAGUUCUUCAUGUAGUGAAGGACAAAAUUGUUCUUUUCAUAAGACAACCAUUGUUUGUUCCUAAAAGGUUUAAGGAAGCCGAUGUAAUUCUUCUCAUAAAGUGCCUGCUUGCUUGUUAAGUAUUGUAUUCUGUGGCCACAAAUCAAUAAAA